AUGUGCAGCGGCUGGGCGGGUCGCAGCAGCGGGCGACGGUGCUGUGGACGGGCGGGGUGGUGGGAGGACGGCUCUGGCGCAGCAGAUGGGCUGGGCGCUGUGGACGAUGCAAGUGUAGCGCCUGGGUGGGUCGCAGCAGCGGCCGACGGUGCUGUGGACGGGCCGGGCGUUGCGGACGGCCCUGGCGCUGCAGAUGGGCUGGGCGCUGCGGACGACGCAUGUGUAGCGGCUGGGUGGGUCGCAGCAGCGGCCGACGGUGCUGUGGACGGGCGGGGCGCUGCGGACGGCCCUGGCGCUGCAGAUGGGCUGGGCGUCGCGGACGAUGCAUGUGCAGCGGCUUGGCGGAUCACAGCAGCGGCCGACGGUGCUGUGGACAGGCGGGGCUGUGCGCACGGCCCUGGCGCUGCGGACGAUGCAUGUGCAGCAGCUGAGCGGGUCGCAGCAGCGGGCGACGGUGCUGUGGACGGGCGGGGCGCUGCGGACGGCCCUGGUGCUGCAGAUGGGCUGGGUGCUACAGACAAUGCAGGUGCAGCGGCUUUGCGGGUCGUAGCAGCGGGCGACGGUGCUGUGGACCGGCGGGGCGCUGCUGAAUGCCCCGCCGCUGCAGCAUUCGGAGCUGGUGGAGUGGAUGGUGACGGCGUUGCGGAUGAUGCGAGUGCCCCGGAUAUGCGUGUAGCUGAAUUGGGUGACAGUGCUGUGGACGCUCGGGGCGCGACGGAUGGCCCCAGCGCUUCUGAUGGGCUGGGCGCUACGGACGAUGCAUGUGCAGCAGCUGGGCGGGUCGCAGCAGCAGGCGACGGUGCUGUGGACGGGCGGGGCGCUGCGGACGGCCCUGGCGCAGGGCACGAUGCAUGUGUAGCGGCUGGGUGGGUCACAGCAGCGGUCGACGGUGCUGUGGACGGGCGGGGCGCUGCGGACGGCCCUGGCGCUGCAGAUGGGCUGGGCGCCGCGAACGUUGCAUGUGCAGUGGCUUGGCGGGUCGCAGCAGCAGCCGACGGUGCUGUGGACAGGCGGGGCGGUGCGGACGGCCCUGGCGCUGCGGACGAUGCAUGUGCAGCGGCUGGGCGGGUCGCAGCAGCAGGCGACGGUGCUGUGGACGGGCGGGGCGCUGCGGACGGCCCUAGCGCUGCAGAUGGCCUGGGCGCUGCGGACGUUGCAUGUGCAGCGGCUGGGCGGGUCGCAGCAGCGGGCGACGGUGCUGUGGACGGGUGGGGUGCUGCGGACGGCCUUGGCGCUGCAGAUGGGCUGGGCGCUGCGGACGAUGCAUGUGCAGCGGCUUGGCGGGUCGCAGCAGCGGGCGACGGUGCUGUGGACGGGCGGGGCGGUGCGGACGGCCCUAGCGCUGCAGACGAUGCAUGUGCAGCAGCUGGGUGGGUCGCAGCACCGGGCGACGGUGUUGUGGACGGGCAGGACGCUACGGACGGCCCUGGCGCUCCAGAUGGGCUCGGCGCUGCGGACGAUGCAUGUGCAGCGGCUGGGCAGGUCGCAGCAGCGGACGACAGUGUUGUGGACGGGCGGGGCGCUGCGGACGGCCCUGGCGCUGCAGAUGGGCUGGGCGCUGCGGACGAUGCAUGUGCAGCGGCUUGGCGGGUCGCAGCAGCGGGCGACGGUGCUGUGGACGGGCGGGGCGCUGCUAAAUGUCAUGCCGCUGCGGCAUUCGGAGGUGGGCGUCCUGCGCCGCCCUGUCUCUGUUAG